AUGUCUCAUAUUUACAAAGCUGCACAAACUAAUGAUGAAAACUUUUUCAGGCUUAAUGAUGAUGCGGACACUUAUAUGUGUUACAAACAUGAAAAAUCGGGAGAUUCGGUUCUGCACAUUGCUUCAAGAUAUGGUCACUUGAACCUGGUUCAUUUACUUCUGGAGAGAGGUGGCAACCCAGAAAUUGUUAAUUUGGACGGCAAAAGACCACUUCACGAAGCUGCCCAAACUGGACAAAUUGAUAUUGUCAAAUAUUUGUUAGAUUAUGGCACCACUGUUGAUUGUCUUAAAAGAGCUGAUUGGACACCUCUGAUGCUGGCAUGCACAAAGACAAAUCCUGAAGUUAUCCGAGCAUUGUUGGAAAAGGGAGCUGAUCCUGCAUUGAGGAACAAGGAUGGAUGGAACUCCUUUCACAUUGCAGCAAGGGAAGGGAGUGUGGAGAUUCUUCAACUAUUGCUUCACCAUGAUGCUCAGCUGUGGAACACUGUGAGCAAGAACGGAAGAACACCUCUUCACACAGCAGCACUCAAUGGCUGUACCGAUGUUGUUCGGUUCCUUGUUGAGUCAUGUGACUACCCAUGUGACAUGGUUGACAGCUGCGGUACAACACCGUUGAUGGAUGCACUGAGAGCAGGACAUGUUGACACAGCACAAAUUCUGCUAAAGCUGCUGCAGGCUGAUGUGGCGAAAGAGGACAAGCUGGGCCGUCAACUCGUGCACCUGGUGUCGGAGGCAGGGCAGCUGGGGGCCCUUGACUUUCUUCUGGACACCUUUCACAUGUCUGUAGACACCAGGACAUCCACAACUCAGUGUACUCCCCUGCAUGUGGCCGCCAAGGAGGGUCAGGAUGCUAUCAUGCAAUGCCUGUUGAGACGUGGUGCCAAUGUCCAUCUCUUGGAUACAUCGCUGAGAUCUGCUCUACACAUUGCCAGUGGCGGGCAGCAUGCAGGGUGUGUGGAGCUUCUGCUACAACAUGGUGCUGGUGCCAGCCAGGACAAGCAUGGACAGACAGCCAGGCAAAUGGCCAAGAAAGAUGAUGUAAAACAAGUAUUCAAGAAAUAUCUGGAUCAUGUCACUUGAAAUAUC